AUGGCCAACGCCACUGGUCUGGCGUCAACUGCCGACGUGACGCUACCGUUCGUCUUUGACGAAGUCACCAAGCACUAUCAGACGCUCAAUGUUGUCGAGCGCCUGUGGGCAAGUUGGUACGUCUGGAUGCAAAACGACAUCUUGGCCACAGGGAUCCUUACCUUCCUUGUCCACGAGAUUGUCUACUUCGGGAGGUCAUUACCAUGGAUCAUCAUCGACGCGAUACCUUUCUUCCGCCGGUGGAAAAUACAAGCCGACAAAAUCCCGACAUGGAAGGAGCAAUUCCAAUGCGCUGCCCUCGUUCUUCUCAGCCACUUCACUGUCGAGCUUCCCGAAAUCUGGCUGUUCCACCCGAUGGCCAUAUGGUGCGGCAUGGCUUUCGAUGUUCCAUUCCCGCCUGUGUGGAAGAUGGCGCUCCAUAUUGUCAUAUUCUUUGUGCUCGAAGACACAUGGCACUACUGGACGCACCGCCUCAUGCACCAGCCCACACUGUACCGCCUAAUCCAUAAGCUGCACCAUACCUACUCGGCUCCCUUCGGCUUGACUGCCGAGUAUGCCUCGCCCAUCGAGGUCCUGGUCCUUGGCCUGGGUACUGCUGGCACCCCUCUCCUGUGGGUCUACAUCACCAACGACCUGCACCUUUUCACCAUGCAGCUCUGGAUCGUCCUGCGCCUGCUUCAGGCAGUCGAUGCCCACAGCGGCUACGAGUUCCCUUGGAGCCUACACCAUUUCGUUCCCUUCUGGGCUGGUGCCGAUCACCACGACCUGCACCACGAGCAGUUCAUUGGCAACUAUGCAUCCUGCUUCCGCUGGUGGGACUACUGCCUCGACACCGAGGCCGGCGCCGAGGCGGCCACCAAGCGCCGUGAGAAGAAGCUCGCCAAGGCCAAGAAGAACAUGUAA